CCUGCGCAGUUACCCCCGAGGUACCACGUGCGGAGCGAGCUCCUCGUCAGUGCGCCCUCCACUUUCUCUGCGCACUGGAAGUACGCGCUUCAUCGGAGGAGAGAGCCAACUGCACGCAGGUGAGCGCUGGUGAUUUGCUCCGCAGAUGAGGAAGCCAACAUAUAUUUUUUCGAGGCGGCGUGAAGACAAUACCUUUACAUUGAUUUGGACAUCUGGAUUUUGAUUGACAGCGGUUUAAAACGCACAUGUAGCUGGUUUGAGGCUACCGACGACGGCGCGAAAUGGACAGCCCAGUUGUUCCAGUAGUCAUUUACGCAAAUGGACCAUCAUGUAAUCUUUGGCAAAUAAGCAUUUGCACCAAAUUACCCGUAUAGUACAUUUUAGAAGUUUUACGGUUGUGCCCCUGUUUGCGCGGCUGAAUACUCAAAGGCAAGGGACGACGAACCGAAGCAGGUGCGUGUCAACCAGCGCAGAGAAGCAAAGAAACACGAGCCGGAUCACCACCGUACAUGGACGCUGUUGAUUGAGACUAUUCACAUUGAAGGCACUUCCCCCCCCCCCCUCCCUUUUUUUGGUUUUGUUGUUGUCGUUGAGGAGAAUAUAACAAAGUAGCAAGUUUGUCCAGGGAAGCAGAAAAGAGAUGACUGCCAACACUGUUCUUCUGCUCUUCAUUCUCUCGCAAACAGGCAGCAGGGCAGAGAAUGCAGAGGAGAGGCUGGUGAACUACCUGUUGGGUCCAGAGCGCUACAACAAACUGAUCAGACCAGCUGUCAAUAAGAGCCAACAGGUCACCAUUUCCAUUCAGGUGUCCUUGUCGCAGCUCAUCAGCGUCAAUGAGAGAGAACAGAUCAUGACUACCAACCUGUGGCUAUUUCAGGAGUGGAAUGACUACAGGCUUAGAUGGGACCCAGCUAAAUACGAAGGCAUCAAGAAACUACGAAUUCCAUCCAAACACAUCUGGCUCCCUGAUAUAGUGCUCUACAACAAUGCUGACGGCGUGUACGAGGUUUCCUUCUAUUGCAACGCUGUGGUCUCCAACACGGGCGACAUCUUCUGGCUCCCGCCGGCCAUCUACAAGUCGGCCUGCGCCAUCGAGGUGCAGAACUUCCCCUUCGACCAGCAGAACUGCACUCUCAAGUUCCGCUCCUGGACCUACGACCACACAGAACUCGAUCUGAUGCUCACGAGCGACUUUGCCAGCCGCGAUGACUUUACGCCGAGCGGCGAGUGGGACAUCGUCUCGCUUCCGGCGCGGAAAAACGAGGACCCCAACGACAUCACCUACUUGGACAUAUCCUACGAUUUUGUGAUCAAGAGGAAGCCGCUGUUUUACACCAUUAACCUGAUCAUCCCGUGUGUGCUGAUCACGUCGCUGGCCAUCCUGGUGUUCUACCUGCCAUCAGAUUGCGGGGAGAAGAUGACGCUGUGCAUCUCCGUGCUGCUGGCUCUCACUGUGUUCCUGCUGCUUAUAUCAAAGAUAGUGCCACCGACUUCUCUCGCAGUGCCACUCAUAGGUAAAUACUUGAUGUUCACCAUGGUGUUGGUCACGUUUUGCAUCGUGACCAGCGUCUGCGUCCUCAACGUGCAUCACCGCUCCCCAUCUACGCACCACAUGCCCGACUGGGUCAAACGCCUCUUCCUAGUCCGCCUGCCCAACCUCCUCUUCAUGAGGCGCCCGGGACCUUCCAACAUCCGGGAUAAACUCUGCAGGAAGUAUGCAAACAGGAGUGCCGUCGGGAAAAACAACUCCCAGAGCGGAACAGACAAGAAGCAGUAUUCAAACAUCAGACUCGGUGGCAUCCGAACAGAUGCCGACUCUUUCUACGUGAAUGAGGACUUGGCACACAAGUUUUGCUGGAAGGUGGACGACAUCCCAGAUGGGGGUGGUGGGUUUUCAGACUUCCGGAGGCCUUCGGCUGUUCAGUGGGAUGCAGAUGUGGAGGAGGCAGUAGACGGAGUGAGAUACAUCGCUGAACAUAUGAGGACAGAAGAUGACGAUGAAGGGAUCAUCGAAGACUGGAAGUACGUAGCCAUGGUGAUAGACCGUCUGUUCCUGUGGAUCUUCAUCCUGGUGUGUCUGGUGGGAACUCUGGGGCUCUUCAUGCAGCCGCUGUUCCAAAGCUAUAACAUACCCGCAGCUGAUGACACCGAGUAUGGAGAUUUCUAAGAUUUUACAUGAAAUAGAAAACUGCCAAAUAAUCAUCUCCCAUAGAAACCAUUACUGAGCAGCUGCAGCUGCUACAUUUGCUUUUCUUUGUAACAGUGGACCUGAUACAGAACCUCUGUCCUCUGCAGAAAUAAGACAUUAUAAGACAUUAUAGCAAUUAUUGGCACAAUGGUGCAAUGGACCCCGUUUUCCUUUGUCUCAAACCAAUUUUUAUUGUAUAAAAGCAAGAAAAAAUUGUCCUAUUCACCUUUUCUCUUCCUAAAAGUAUGAAUCCAUUAUCUCUGCCUCUCUGUCCUUUUUCAUGUUCUGCUUGAGAGCAUCGUGCCUCUUCUCCACAAUCCACCUCCUGAACAAUGUUAUAAUCGUCCCGCUUUGGCUUUUUUGAAGAAUGAGUUUGCUCCUCUUGCUUUCUCUUUCUGUUUUCCUGUCAUAUGUUUGGUUUGGUUAUUCUGUUAUUUGUCUCUCCUUUGUGAGCUGAAUCACUUCUAGCAGCACCAGGUUAUAUACAGUAUUAAUAAUAAAAAUGGCACUGACUGUAUUCUAUUACAUGUUGA